AUAACAAAGUAGACGGAAGUGAAUUCGCUGCUGUUGUGUUCUUGCCUUGAGUGAGCGAUGAGCUCGUUGGCGAUGUCACUAGCGUGAAGGGUUCCAAUAGGAUCGCCGCGGCGGCCGAAAAGGGAUAACCCCCGUGUUUGCAGAGGAGGGGGUGAGGAUAUCCUAGACGUUUCCCCUCUUUUGCUUCAGUGCUUUUUUACUUAAAGGAGCACUGACUGACAUGAUCGCAGCUUGGAGAUGGCAUCUUUUAAAAUCAGUAGGAAGCCGGGUGGGCAACAAGCCGAGGAGGACAAGGCAGAGCUGGACCAGUCUCUGCAGCAGAUGCUCCGAGCCAUAGCUGACGAGCGAAACCGGUUGAAUGUCAGGCAUGAGGUCACUGGCUGCUUUAAGGAUGACCGGAUAGUAUUUUGGACUUGGAUGUUCUCCACUUACUUUAUGGAAAGGUGGGCUCCAAGGCAAGAUGAUAUGCUUUUCUAUGUACGAAGAAAACUUUCCUAUGUCAGCGCUGACAACAUUGAUGGAAAAAAGGUUGAAGUUGAAGUUUAUCGUCGGGAUUCCAAAAAACUGCCAGGGCUCGGAGAUCCAGAUAUCGACUGGGAGGAGAGUGUCUACCUAAAUCUUAUUCUUCAGAAACUUGAUUAUGUGGUGACAUGUGCAGUUUGUACUCGCUCUGAUGGAGGGGAUAUUCACAUUCAUAAGAAGAAGUCGCAGCAAGUUUUUGCCUCUCCCAGUAAACAUCCCAUGGACAGCAAAGGCGAAGAAUCCAAAAUAAGCUACCCCAACAUUUUUUUCAUGAUUGAUAGUUUUGAAGAGGUUUUCAGUGACAUGACAGUGGGAGAAGGGGAGAUGGUGUGUGUGGAGCUUGUAGCCAGCGACAAAAGCAACACUUUUCAAGGAGUCAUUUUCCAAGGAUCGAUAAGAUAUGAAGCACUCAAGAAGGUCUAUGAUAAUCGGGUCAGUGUUGCAGCUAAAAUGGCUCAGCGAAUGUCAUUUGGAUUUUACAAGUACAACAAUAUGGAGUUUGUGCGCAUGAAGGGCCCACAAGGGAAAGGCCACGCAGAAAUGGCAGUAAGCAGAGUUCCUACUGGGGAUACUUCACCUUAUGGAACAGAAGAGGAUUCAAAUCCAGAUUCUCCAGUUCAUGAGAGGGUGACCUCAUUUAGCACCCCUCCCACUCCUGAAAGGAACAAUCGCCCUUCAUUUUUCUCUCCCUCACUGAGGCGUAAAGUCCCUCGAAAUCGAAUCGCUGAGAUGAAGAAGUCACACUCUGCCAAUGACAGUGAGGAGUUCUUCAGAGAGAGUGACAACAAUGGAGACUUACAUAAUGCUACAAACCUAAGAUCAAGAUCACUUUCUGGAACUGGUCGGUCACUUGUUGGUUCCUGGUUGAAACUGAACAGAAUGGAGGAAAACUUCCUGCUCUAUGCACACCUCACAUAUGUCACUCUCCCUCUGCAUCGUAUCACAUCUGAUAUUUUAGAAGUUCGACAAAAGCCAAUCUUGAUGACAUAGUGAUGGAAAAUAAGAACGCCUUGGAACCUCACUGCCAAGUGCCUACAUAUGGGAGGAUUGUAGACGGCACUACCAUCUAGUGUCCAAAAGGAGAACUACAAAGGAAGCCUUUGGAACCGAGCAAAAACCAGCCAACUAAAAGUGCCUCCUUUUUUUUCUGUCGUUCAUCCAGCUUUGUGAUGAGAGAAUGUGCGCUCCAGUGUUUAGAAAAGGUCUCAAAAAUAAGUGGCUGCUUUCAAAAGGAAAACAAAAGGCUUUAUAAACAAUCUACUACCGUGUUUACUUGAUUCAAAACUGAACAGUAUGUGCUGAGCUUUAUGAAAAAAAGUUUGUAAACAAAAUCUUCACUAAUGUUGACAUUCAUCAACACUGCGUCUUUUUCAUCCUUGAGUGUCUUUCAGAAAUUUGUCUUAAAUUAUGUUUGCCUUUCCAGCUAUUUAGAUAUAGGAGUAACAUUUCUUAAGCUGCUGGCCCACUGUGCAGUGGCCUUUGUGUCUUCUCAUGUUUAAGUGAAAGAGUAACAGAAAUAAAAAAAAAAAUAUAUAUAUAUAUGUAUAUGAGUGUAUAUAUAUAUAUAUAUA